AUGAUUGAUCUGUUAAUGGAGAAGGGAGCUGUACUCGGUUCUCGUGAUCGACACCGCCGGCAUGGUGGAGGAGUUCUCAAGUGGUCUCACUGUGACGAUGACGUCCGCAGCUCGCUGAUUCUCGCGUGUGAUGGUGGACACACCCGACUGGCCUUGAGACUUCUGGAUGAGAUCGACGUGGAGGAGUACGCCAUGCAGAACCACCCGUUCCAAGUGUUGGAAGCGGCAAUUGAGACGGGUAACGAAGCGCACGCAAUGGGCAUCGCGCAGCACCCGAAAGCUGCAGUUCGGCGAAACAUGUCGGAGUCGUUCUUCUGCUGA